ACAAUCAGCUGUUUGCUAAUCAUUUAAUGACGUUAUGCCUUGCUUUUUUAAUUGUUAAUAAAGAAGGCUUAUUUCCAACUUUAACAACAAUAAAACACUUGUUAAUGUCCGUAAUGCAAAGAUGAAUCGUUUUGAAUACCUGGAAGCGCGCUUGCACGACGAUGAAACAUUUGUGAGUCGAGAUCGUAAUGUCAAAAUUUAUGAUGGGGAUCAAAAGACAGAAUAUGAGGAAGGUGAGGUGGUACUCACCACUCAUCGUUUGUUCUGGGGUCGGCCUGGUGAAAUUGCUCGUGCUUCUAUAACACUCUGCCUCUCGCUACGUCAUGUGAUAUCCCUCAGUGAAGAGGCGGCCAGUUCAUACUUCUUCGGACGCAAGACACGAUACAUAUUACACUUGCGCGAACCACCGCCAGAUAAAGCACCUGGCCCAAUUGAUUACAGUCCGCAUAGCCAUAUUAAACUUUCAGGAAAAAAUGGGUUAACACCCGAGUUCGGUAGUGCUUUACGCCAAACAAUAGAGGCACGUAUUUGGGAAGUAAUAGUCAUACCAAGGCCACUAUGCCAGGCGGGUAAUGUCCAACAAAAUUCUGGUGCAGGAAACAAUCCUGCACAAUUGCGUUUGAAAAUGCGUACUGGCAUUGGUGGUAUCGAGCGUUCCAUUGAAGCCAAGGCAAAAGAGACGGAUGAAAAUAUUGCACUGGCUUUUCAGGACCUUAAUGUACUAAUGGCCAUGGCUAAAGAUAUGGUAGCCAUAUCUAAGGUGAUAAGCACAAAGAUACGCGAACAAAAAGGGGAAAUUUCCGAUGACGAAACGGUGCGUUUUAAAUCCUAUUUGUUGAGUUUAGGUAUAGACGAUCCAGUGACACGAGAACAUUUCUCCAGUAACUCUGAAUAUUUUCGCAGUUUGGCGCAACAAGUAUGUGAAUUGCUUCUGGAUCCCAUUGAGGAACAAGGUGGCAUGAUGUCGCUUGCAGAUGUUUAUUGUCGUGUAAACCGUGCGCGCGGCCUUGAGUUACUCUCACCAGAGGACUUACUACACGCUUGCGAACAACUCAAUGGUCCCAUAAAGCUGAGAAAAUUUCCCAGUGGCGCUAUGGUACUCCAGUUGGAAUCUCAAGAUGAUGAGCUUGUAGCGGCAGAUACGUUGGAAAAGGUGAAAGAGGCCACAUCGUUAGCGGUUGAAGAGCUUGCCAAACAUAUGGGUAUUUCUUUGCUGUUGGCAAAGGAGCGGCUAUUAGCCGCUGAGCGUUUGGGUAAAGUGUGUCGCGAUGAAUCGUUAGAAGGAUUACGCUUCUAUCCAAACUUGUUGCUUCAUCGUGACAAUGAUAGCUAAGAGGUUGAAGUGUGGAAAUGGAAUUACAUAUUAAUAUCUAAAUAGUAAAAAUGCAAAACAUAAGUAAAUAAAAUUUUUAAAGCUUUCUCAUUUUUUCCAUUUAAUAAA